AUGACGCAGGAAAAGCCCACAAAGAAGAUUGCCAUCUUUUACACUGACGAUGAUGAGCCAUGGACACAACCACACGGUAAUUUUUCAGAAAUGGCUACCAAAUUAUUCGAACAAUCGAAAAUUGAUAUAGACGAAUCGUUUGAAUACAAAACCUUCCGUAUUGUGCAGGGAGACUUCCCCAGCUUUGAUGAAUUGAGCGAGUUUAUGGGUAUCUUUAUAACUGGGUCCAAAUAUGACUCAUUCGACCCGGAGAUUGGUUGGAUCAUUAAAUUAAGGGAGUAUUUGCAUGAGUUGAUUAAUGAAGAGACAAGAAGGAUGCCCCCCGUAGUAGGUAUAUGUUUUGGACAUCAGGUACUGGCUGCUGCGUUGGGGUGCAAAGUUGGUAGGAACCCGAAGGGGUUUGAAGGUGGUGUUGCUACGGUACAGUUAAAUGAAGAAGGUAAAAAGAUAUUCAACGGUAAGUCCAGUUUGAAUCUCUCAGAAUUGCAUAACGAUAUCAUUUUCGAGACUCCACAGGGGUUCACAAGCUGGGGGUCCACUGCUAUAUGCCAAUAUCAAGGGUUAUAUCUGCCCAACCGUGUGCUGACCUUCCAGGGCCAUCCUGAGUUCAUAUCAGCUGUGGCGCAAAACGGUGCUCUACGUACAUUCAAGAAGCCUGGCUGUAAGAUUCCUGUCGAGGAGCAGCAGGCUUUGCUACAGAGCUGCCAAGAGAAACGCAACGACGGGGUGGUAGCAGCCCAGAGUAUCUGGAGGCUGUUCCGUGGGGAGUUGUAG